AUGGUUCGUCCCCGCGGCCGGUCGCAACUGGGCGUGGACAUUCGCGGCGAUACCAGCGCGCCCGCGAUGUCCACCAUGAACGAAGUGAGCCCGAUUGAGCCGACGUCCCCGGACUGGGGCAAGCAAUUGGAUAAUCGUCUGUCGGACAAGUCCGCCGGCAAGGCACAGUCGAAGAAGCGCCGCAGUCGCUCGCUCCUCCACCGUUUCGCCGACACCUGUCUUAAGUAUACCUGGCUGCUCCCGCUGCUUAUCAUGCUCUUCCUGCUGGCGCUGUAUGCCGUCAACCCGACUACGUCCAACCCCAUGCACAGCGCCAUCUUCCUCUCGUACCCUCAGUCCCCGAAGACCCCCGGCGGGCCUAUCAUGUACGGCAAGGGCAAGAAGGACAUUGCCUUCGUGGCCUUCUACACGAUUGUUCUGUCCUUCACGCGCGAGUUCAUGAUGCAGCAGGUGAUCCGCCCGCUCGCCGUGUGGUGCGGGAUUCGGGGCAAGGGCAAGACCGCCCGCUUCAUGGAACAGGUCUACACGGCGAUGUACUUUGGCAUCUUCGGCCCAUUUGGGCUGUAUGUCAUGAGGCGGUCGGAUAUUUGGUACUUCAACACGACAGCCAUGUUUGAGGGCUUCCCGCACCGCGAGCACGAGGGUUUGUUCAAGGCGUACUAUCUGCUGGAGGCGAGUUACUGGGCACAGCAGGCUAUUGUGCUGUUGCUGCAGCUGGAGAAGCCCCGCAAGGAUUUCAAGGAGCUGGUUGGGCACCACAUCAUCACUCUGGCUCUGAUUGCGUUGAGCUACCGCUUCCACUUUACUUACAUAGGUCUGGCUGUGUACAUUACCCACGACAUCUCGGACUUUUUCCUCGCUACCUCGAAAACCUUCAACUACCUCGACUCCGUCAUCGUCGCCCCCUACUUUUGCAUGUUCGUUGGCAUCUGGAUCUACCUCCGCCACGUUCUGAACCUCAAGAUCCUGUGGGCCGUCCUGACCGAGUUCCGCACCGUCGGCCCCUUCGAGCUCAACUGGGAGACCCAGCAGUACAAGUGCUGGAUCAGCCAGUACAUCACCUUCGGUCUAUUGGCCAGUCUGCAGGCUGUCAACCUGUUUUGGCUCUUCCUGAUCCUGCGCAUUCUGGCCAACUACAUCUUCAACAGCGUUACAAAGGACGAGCGCUCAGACGACGAGGACGAGGAAGAGAUUGAGAAUGAGGAUCAAUCCAAAGCUACCAUUGCCACCGGCGUUGCCAAGGCGAACCUGACUCCCCAAGUACAAGUCAACGGCGAGCCCGUGCCUGAGCAGCGAGGUCCACGGACGCGCAGCAGGAAGGCAUGA